UGGCCGCGCUGCCCUUGCCCGCAUCGUGCUCUGCCGCCGCCGCCGUCAGCUCCGCUCCGCUACGCCGCCGCCGCCCUUGGCCUCGCCGUCCUUGCCCGCGACGAACAAGUCGUCCAAACUCACAUCGAGCCAGGGCAAGUGCGCGACGAAUGUUGCUCGCUCCGCCAAGGGUUUCUCUAGGGUUUUGGUAAGAAUCCCCGCUCCAUUCCAUCGCGUUUCGAUCGAAUCGCGCUGCCAAAUCCCAGAAGCUCGGGGCCAUAGCCGUCGCCCGCGCCCUCCAUCCCGCGAAGAUGAGCUAUGCGGCGUACAAGAUGAUGCACUGGCCCACAGGCAUCGACCACUGCGCCGCCGGCUUCAUCACCUAUUCCCCCGCUGAAGCGGUUACCUUCUCCUCGCCGGCGCCCGCCACCUCCAGGCCUGACGGUGACGUCGACUCCGCGGCGGCGAGGGCGCCCCGGCGCGUGGGUCCCACCCCCAACCUGGUCGUGGCGGCGGCCAACGUGCUCGAGGUGUACGCCGUGAGGACUGACGCCGCGACGGGGGCCGAGGAUGGGGGAUCUUCUUCGUCGACAGGUGCCGUCCUGGACGGGAUCUCUGGGGCUCGACUGGAGCUUGUGUGCCAUUACAGGCUUCACGGUAACAUUGAGUCGAUGGCUGUGUUGUCGGAUGGCACAGAGAAUACACGAGACUCCAUCACGCUUGCGUUUAAAGAUGCAAAAAUAGCAUGUCUGGAGUUUGAUGACAGCAUCAGUGGCUUGCGAACAAGCUCAAUGCAUUGCUUUGAAGGCCCUGAUUGGCUGCAUCUGAAAAGAGGCAGGGAAUCGUUUGCCUGGGGUCCUGUCAUAAAAGCGGAUCCUCAAGGCAGAUGUGGUGCUGCACUUGUUUAUGGACUGCAGAUGGUUAUUCUGCAAGCAGCGCAGGUUGGGCAGAGCUUAGUUGGAGAAGAUGAACCAACACGUGUGUUGAGUUCAGCUGCUGUUCGGAUUGAUUCUUCAUAUGUGAUCAACUUGCGUCUUUUAGAAAUAAAUCACAUCAAAGAUUUUACAUUUGUGCAUGGUUAUAUUGAGCCUGUGUUGGUCAUACUUCAUGAGCAAGAGCCUACAUGUGCUGGGCGUAUCUCAUCAAAGAACCAAACAUGCAUGAUAUCUGCAUUUAGUAUAAGUAUGAGUUUAAAGCAACAUCCGAUGAUAUGGUCUGCUGCUAAACUGCCGCAUGAUGCAUACCAACUUCUUGCAGUUCCUCCGCCUAUUAGCGGCAUUCUUGUGAUCUGUGCAAAUUCGAUCCAUUAUCAUAGUCAGUCCACAUCUUGUUCACUUGCCUUAAACAGUUUUUCAUCCCAGCCUGAUGGCAGCCCAGAAACUCCUAAAACAAGUUUCUGUGUGGAGCUUGAUGCGGCUAAAGCAACAUGGUUAUCCCAUGACAUCGUAAUGUUUUCAUCAAAGAAUGGAGAAAUAUUACUACUAACAGUGGUUUAUGAUGGGCGAGCUGUGCAAAGAUUAGAUCUUAUGAAAUCAAAGGCAUCUAUUCUCAGUUCGGGUGCUACAACUCUUGGAAGUUCGUUCUUCUUUCUUGGCAGUCGUCUGGCAGACAGCCUUCUUGUGCAAUUUUCCUGUGGGGUGCCAACAUCUAUUCUACCUGAUCUAACAGAUGAGUCUGCUGAUAUUGAAGGUGACCUGCCUUUCGCAAAGCGUCUAAAAAGGAUUCCCUCUGAUGUCUUACAAGAUGUGAACAGUGUUGAGGAACUUUCUUUUCAUAAUAAUACAGUCCCAGAUAGUCUAGAUUCAGCACAGAAGAUCUCAUUUGUUGUGAGAGAUGCUCUGAUCAAUGUUGGUCCUCUGAAAGAUUUUGCAUAUAGUUUAAGAACUAAUUCGGAUCCCGAUGCGGCAGGCAUUGCAAAACAAAGCAAUUAUGAGUUGGUGUGUUGUUCUGGUCAUGGAAAGAAUGGAACACUGUCAGCUCUUCAACAAUCUAUUCGCCCAGAUUUAAUUACCGAGGUAGAACUACCAAGUUGCACAGGUAUUUGGACAGUUUACUACAAGAGUUCUCGUGGAAUUACAACCGAGGAUAAUGAAUAUCAUGCUUAUUUGAUAAUAAGCCUAGAAAACCGCACAAUGGUACUUCAGACAGGUGAUGAUCUAGGAGAAGUUACUGAAACAGUCGAUUAUAAUGUUCAAACAAACACAAUUACUGCUGGUAACUUAUUUGGGAGACGACGUGUCAUACAGGUAUAUGCCAAGGGUGCUCGUGUGCUUGAUGGUUCCUUCAUGACACAAGAGCUAACCUUCACUAUGCAAACUUCGGAAUCUUCAUUGAGUUCUGAGCCUCUUGCUGCCGCCUCUGCUUCAAUUGCAGAUCCAUAUGUUCUUUUGAAGAUGGUUGAUGGAACCAUUCGACUUCUCAUUGGAGAUCAUUCUACCUGUACUAUUUCUUUUAAUGCUCCUGCCACAUUUGCAAGCCCAAGUGAGCGAAUAUCUUCAUGUACACUUUACCAUGACAGAGGCCCUGAGCCAUGGCUAAGAAAGGCGCGUACUGAUGCAUGGCUAUCCGCUGGUAUUGGAGAGGCUACUGAUGGCAAUGAUAGUUCUUCUCAUGAUCAAUCAGAUAUAUAUUGCAUAAUUUGUUAUGAAAGCGGUAAACUGGAAAUUUUUGAAGUGCCCAGUUUUAAAUGUGUGUUCUCUGUGGAAAAUUUUGUUUCCGGACCAGCUAUUUUGUUUGAUGACGUUUCCCAUACUUCUACCAAGGAUGCUGUAAUAGUAGUUCCAGAUGCUACUAAAGUUUCUGUGAAGAAAGAGGAAUCAAAUAGCAUUAAGAUAGUUGAGCUUGCAAUGCAUAGAUGGUCUGGUCUGUUCAGUCAUCCAUUCCUCUUCGGAUUAUUGAAUGAUGGGACAUUUUUGUGUUACCACGCUUAUUGUUAUGAAGGUUCAGAAAGUAACGCACAAUGUGCUCCUUUGUCACCUCAUGGUUCAUCUGAUCUUGACAAUGCCAGUGAUUCAAGACUAAAAAAUUUAAGAUUUCGUCGAGUUUCAAUUGAUGUCUCGUCACGAGAUGACAUAUCAAGUUUUGCACGACCAAGAAUAACAAUUUUCAAUAAUGUUGGAGGUUAUGAGGGAUUAUUUCUUUCUGGCCCGAGGCCAACCUGGGUUUUUGUUUGCCGACAACGAUUUCGGGUGCAUCCACAGUUGUGUGAUGGUCCCAUUGUAGCCUUUACCGUUCUCCACAAUGUCAAUUGUUGCCAUGGCCUUAUAUAUGUUACAUCACAGGGUUUUCUGAAGAUAUGCCAGUUGCCUUCAGCAUAUAACUAUGACAACUACUGGCCUGUUCAAAAGGUCCCCUUGCAUGCCACCCCACAUCAGGUCACAUAUUAUGCAGAGCAGUCCCUCUAUCCACUUAUCGUCUCCGUUCCUGUUGUUCGCCCCCUAAAUCAAGUUCUUUCUUCUAUGGCUGAUCAAGAAUUGGGUCUGCACACAGAGAAUGAUGUUACAGUUGGUGAUGACCUCCAAAAGGUUUAUACUGUUGAUGAAUUUGAGGUUCGCAUUAUGGAGUUGGAGAAAGCCAGUGGACAUUGGGAGACAAGGGUCACCAUUCCGAUGCAACCAUUUGAAAAUGCUCUAACAGUGCGCAUUGUUACAUUGCAAAACACAACCACAAAGGAAAAUGAAACCCUGAUGGCGAUUGGAACUGCUUAUGUUCAAGGGGAGGAUGUUGCUGCUAAAGGAAGGGUCCUUCUGUUCUCUUUCAGUAAAAGUGAAAAUUCUCAGAAUCUGGUUAGGGAAGUUUACUCAAAAGAGAGUAAAGGUGCUGUAUCAGCUGUUGCCUCUCUUCAAGGUCAUCUACUGAUAGCUUCUGGUCCUAAGAUCACACUGAACAAAUGGACUGGCUCUGAAUUGACCGCUGUUGCAUUCUAUGAUGCCCCGUUGCAUGUUGUGAGCCUGAACAUUAUUUUCUACUAUGCCCCCAAGAUGGUGGAGAGCUGGAAGGGGCAAAAGCUCCUUUCCAGAGCAGAGUUUCAUGUUGGAGCCAAUGUGGCGAAGUUUUUGAGACUACAGAUGUUGCCCACACAAGGAUUGGUAUCUGAAAAGACAAAUCGUUUUGCUCUUGUAUUUGGAACGUUGGAUGGUGGCAUUGGGUGCAUUGCACCUGUUGAUGAAUUAACGUUUCGUCGGCUCCAGAGCUUACAGAGGAAGCUUGUAGAUGCUGUCCCCCACGUGUGUGGCCUGAAUCCAAGAUCAUUUAGGCAUUUUAAGUCCAAUGGGAAGGCACAUCGACCUGGACCGGAUAACAUCAUUGACUUUGAGCUUCUUUCUCAGUAA